CGUCAACGAGACACUUCGCCACGGUUCGUUACGGCGACGUUAGUCGAGGCGGAGGAGCCGAGGAGCGAGGCGGUCAGUUUUUAAAGUGGCUGGAAGCAGACAGAAAAAACCAUAGAUAACGCACAGGAAUAAUCAUUCCUGUUCCUUGCUAGCUAGCCAUUACUAGUCUACAGUCCGCAUCUGUCGCUUGUCCGCAUAGCUGCUACGCCCGCCGAAACGCCCCCCCCGCCGAUACUGCGCUCCGCAGCCCGCCGGCCCGGGUGCGGGUCCCGAGAAUGCUGAAGAAUGACCCACAGGGACACUCUGGUUCAUCUGUUCGCUGGCGGGUGUGGGGGCACAGUAGGUGCCAUCCUCACGUGUCCCCUGGAGGUGGUGAAGACCAGGCUGCAGUCGUCCUCCAUCACUCUGUACAUCUCUGAGGUUCAGCUGGGAACCGUCAGCGGAGCUGGCGUGGCACGUGUCUCCCCGGGACCCCUGCACUGCCUCAAGAUGAUUUUGGAGAAAGAAGGCCCCCGCUCUCUCUUCAGGGGGCUCGGACCUAACCUGGUGGGUGUGGCCCCCUCGAGGGCUAUAUACUUCGCUGCCUACUCCGGCGCCAAAGAAAAGCUGAACGCCAUUUUCCAGCCUGAGUCCACCCUGGUGCACAUGAUGUCUGCUGGCCUUGCAGGUUUCACGGCGAUCACCACUACCAACCCCAUCUGGCUGAUCAAGACGCGCCUACAGUUGGAGGCCAGAAACCGAGGCGAGCGGCGCAUGAGUACCCUGGACUGCAUACGGCGGGUUUACCGCUAUGACGGUGUGCGCGGCUUCUACCGCGGCAUGUCGGCCUCCUACGCCGGCAUCUCUGAGACUGUCAUCCACUUUGUCAUCUAUGAGAGCAUCAAGCGCCGCCUACUGCAGGCCAAGGCCGCCGCCCACGUGGACGAGGAGGAGGAGACAGUGCGGGACGCCUCUGACUUCCUGGGCAUGAUGCUGGCCGCAGCCACAUCCAAGACCUGCGCCACCUCCAUCGCGUACCCCCACGAGGUGAUCCGCACACGGCUGCGAGAGGAGGGUACGAAGUACCGCUCUUUCCUGCAGACUCUGGCCACGUUGCUGCGUGAGGAAGGCUACAGCGCUCUCUACAGGGGCCUCACCACUCACCUGGUGCGGCAGAUUCCCAACACCGCCAUCAUGAUGUCCACCUAUGAGCUAGUGGUCCAUCUGCUGAAUGGGUAGCCCCUCCCAACCACAUACAGGCACAGCGUGACAGAGAAAGCGAAGAGAGCGCCCCUUAAGGAGAGGAGCAGACGGAUCGGCGUGGGAAGACCAGCUCAAACACCCGGCACAGGACUCUGAUCACCUGCAGGGUGUAAUCGUUAUUGUAAGGAGUCAGGGUGAUGGUUAGGCUCAGCCUUAAGUGUAAACUCUGCCUAGCUGGAUGUUUGCAAGACGAGCGAAUUACAGCCAAACGCAUUUCCAAUAUCGAGUCUUUAAAGAGCAAAAUAUCUCCGCGAGAAUGGGAACCGGAGGCGGGGAAAAUGCUUUUAAUGGUACUUAUCACAUAAAAAUAACCAUUUUAAUAACAGCUUUGCUCAUAAUUAAAAGAUCUUUUAAAUGAUUUAUUUAACCCACAAGCAUUUCACAGGAUGCGUUUUGAUAGGCUGUCCGGAAUGCUGUGUUACUUCCGCGUGGCACAUGCAGUUCGCCCAUCUAUGAAGCGGUUAAUUUAUAGUGUUGCUGGUACAGGCCGUGCCGACCCAGCGGAGUAAGUCCACUCAUGCGGCUGAAGUCACCGCCACGUGGGUCUCUCGGGAGAUCACUGAGGUGUUACCGUUCUCCAUACUGACUUGAGAGUGCACUUUGUGGCCUCCUUUGGCUGGUGAUUGAUUCUCAUUUUAAUUUCUCUUGAUUAUCAAGCAUAAUAUUUUAUGGUUUUCUUUGAAAAUAUAGUACAGUUCAUUGUACUCACUCCAAUGAAAUUUAAAGUAUGUGUAUAUAUAUUGUGUAUGUAUACACAUAGAUCUAAAAUCUUUAUUGAAAAGCUCCCUGCAACAGCCUGCAUUGCGGGCAGAGACAUUUCAUUCAGAUCCGAACGCUUGAUGUGGUUCUCAUAGGGCCCGUUGACUUCUGGUCCUUCACUCAUCCAGGUCCUGAAAAGAUGAGGUCUGCAUUUUCAAAGGCUGUCUUCAAUGAUUAGGCAGUGUCACUCAUCUCCUUUCUCAGCAUUACAUUUACAUUCUGCCUUGUACCCACAGAAACACCCCUCCAGUCGUUUCCCUUUCAGUCGUUUGGCAUUGGAGGGAUAGCCAGACAGUUACGUUGCAGAGUGAUGAGACAUCCUGUCAGUUGUAUAUAAUUAUGUGUACAUUAUCUGUGUGUCUGCUAUGGGGGCUUAAUGUUUCCGUUCAAGUCCAAUGUAUUAAUUUUUUUUUUUACGCCUAAAUUUGCAUUGCAGUGGUUUUUCUCAAAGCAGGUAUUACAGUCUGAUUGCAGGGGGCAUUCUAUAUGCAGUGAGGGAAGGAAUUUGGCUUCAUAGCCUUUGUUGGAUGGGAUUGUCACGCGUGGUGAAUCACCUGUGGUGCUGUACCUGCUGCUGAUGCACUCUAUAGUUGCGUGAUUUUCAUUAAAUCCAAAUGAUUUUUUUUCGUAACAUGAACAAACAUCCUGUUACAGAUAUCGAUGCUGUUUUCGGGUUUGUUUUAUGCUGUUUGUUGUAGCACGACUGAAGAAUUCCACAGUGGACACAUGGGUGAAAGGUAGUGAUGGUCAAAUGAAGCUGUAUUUUCUGACUCAACUAGAUGGUGCUCUCUGUUCAAAAACAUGGCCCAGACCAAGAGCACCAUCCAGCGGCAAAUGAAAAUACAGCAAAUGAUUCAUGAAACUUCAUUUGGCCAUCACUAGUGAGAGGCGCUCUGCUGGCUGUAGUGCAGGAGUUGCCAUGCCAAUGCCUGAUCAAAAAAAUGUCAGUUUCCAAACAUUGAUGGUGACUUCGAGGUGACUAGCCAGAAUAAAGGCACCGUGAAUGUAUAAAAAUACUUUGAUGCUAUUAUUAGUGAUGGCCAAAUGAAGCUUUUUUUCUGACCCACUGGAUGGUGCUCUUGGUUUAUUCUAGGAUGUGUUUUUGAGCCUUUUUUUGAAGAGAGCACCAUCUAGUGGAGUCAGAAGACACAGCAAAUGGUUCAUGAAGCUUCAUUUGGCCAUCGCUAGUUAUUACUGGGUGAUGGUCCUAGAUUUUUCAUUUUGAUUUUAAUGAUGUAAAAAAUAUAUAAUUAUGUAUUGUACCAAAGGCGUAACUUUGGGUUCAGCAUGGGGGGGUAGAGGUCUCCGCUAAUUUAGGGGGGUCCAGGGGGUUGUUUUGAUUAUUGGGGGGGGUUAACACCUCCCCUUCCCCCCCACAAUUUAUGCACAUGCGUUGUACCAUUGUCAACUUGGUGCAACUGUUAGGAAUAAUGCUCAUUGUGUCCACAAUGUGGCGCCACAGGGCUCAGUUUGGUAAUUGCUUGUGAUCAUAUACAUUUUUCAUUUUUGUUGUUCAGUUAUUUGAAUGAAAAUGUUCAGAGCCUCCUAUGCAUCACUAUAUCCCCUUUUGUACAAAAGUGAAUAAACUAAAUUUGAAAUCUG